UAAAAAUAAAAAUUAAAUAUUUCUCACACAUUGUUGAAUGUUGUGCAAGCAACAUUUUUCUUCAGUCGAGUUGAUACCAGUGUGUCCUUUCUCGUCGGAGCUGUAAACUCCUCUCCAUUUUUUCCGGCGGAAUCGAUUUUUAGCUAUGAGAUAAGAGGGGUUGCUCGAAUGGUAAGCAACCUCCACUUACAACACUAAGGUUGUGGAUUCGAGUCACCAAGGGAGCAUAAAGGGUGGGAGCUCCUAGAUAAGGGUAAUCGGUUGACCAAAUAGAGAUGGAAGACAUACUAACAGAAAUCCCUCCACCUUCAAGGUUCUUUUUGGAAGAUCUGAACAACUUUUGUCCUCCAUCUCCUCCUCUUCCCUCUCCAUUCCUGUUGUUUUCAACUCCUAAGCAGGAGAAAUAUUCUCGUCCUUCUCUCCUCAUCAUUGCCAUGUCUACUCCAUCACUUCAAGUUUUUCAUCACGUGUCUUCCAAAACCCUUGUUGGAACUCUUAUUCUUCCUGAGAUCCCAUUCUCUGGCAAUUCAGUUGAACCCUCUCUUAAAGACAAAUCAUGCAAUAUAUAUGCCCUGAAUGAAGAUGAUAACUUGAUUAUGAUUGUGUCCAUACAAUAUCCAGUUACUGCAGAGAGAUCUCAUGCAGUCGCAAAGCUACUGAUUGGAGAACAGAUUAUUCCGGAAAAGGUCUUAAUUUUGGAUUCCAUUCGAAGUUCUAAUUUCAGAGGAAGACUUUCACCGGAUGAAGCAUUUGCAUUUAAGCUGGAAUCGUCUGCAGAGAGAAAAGCAAAGGCUAAUGGCUAUCAUGAUUCCCCACUGGUAAAAUGCGCAGACUAUCUUCCAUCAGGAAGUGUCGUGGAUGGGUUGGCAGCAGCUUUAUUGAGCCAAUGUCAGUUAAAGAAGAUAAGGGGAACUCUGUGCGUUUCAUGGCCUGAAGUCGAUGUUUCAGUUAUAUCACUUGUUAAGUCUCUCCUACUCAAAGAUGUCCUCUCCCACGUGAAGCAUAUUGACAUAAAGAAUCUUGAGGAGGAAUUUUCAAAAUUAGGCCGGAGUAAGGAUUUCCUUCUUGAUUCUGAACUCUAUACAUGAUGUCUUUGAUCUGAUAUCAAAUGACACUUGUUACGAUCCCAGAAUCGCGUUGUUCCUCCUUAUUGAUAGAUUCCUCCAAUGUAGUUUGAACAAAUCAAUAUUUUCAUCAUCUCAUGGAUUUACCAAGUUGAUCAUGGUUCGCCAUGUCAAAUUAGUUUUAUGUUUUACAGCUAUUUAGAGAGUACUUUUCUGGGUGUUUUUCAUGUGCCUAUUGAGUUCAUAGAAUUACAUGCUGAGUGUAUGAAACACACAAAACUU